GAACCAAAAAAAAAAUAAGCUUCAACUUGGUGUGUGACUUGUAUUUUUUCUGUUUUGUUUUAAAUUUUACCAAAAUAGUACACAGUGGGACAUAUGAUCAAGAUAAAAAUUAGACGGGCGUAACCACAUAUUAUUGCCCUAUUUUUCAGAGCUGAACGUGUCCAUUCUCGAAUCAGAAUGUGUGACGUACUUGAAUCAGUUAAGGACCAGUUAACAGACAUUGAAAAUGAACUGGAAACAAAUACGGAAGCUUGCGAAAUGUUUGAUUGUACUAAGCCCACGUUAGUGGAUAUGCCAGUUGAGAUACUAUUAAAAAUAUGCUCUUUUCUGGAUGCACACUUUUUAAAACACACUUUGAGUAAAGUGUGUCAAAGAUUUGAGGACAUAUUAGCUGAUGAUCAUCUAUGGAAAUAUUGGGUACAUAGUAAAAUCAAUGGCUGCUACCCAACACUACCUCGUCUGAAAGUAUGGGAAGAAACGCAAAUAGACUGGGAACCAGUAUGUGUGGAAAUGGAUGUGGAGAUGAAAAAAUGGACAAAUGUUAAGGAUACCAUGAGACAUAUUGUUGUGAAAGAUGUUCAUUUUGCUUCAGUGGAUACUGUACUAUUGGUCAAUAAUGGUGAGAUUUGUAUAUCAGGUGGUAGAGAUCGUGGAAUGGCACUAUGGCAUGUUUUGGAUAUUAGUCCCAAUGAUGAAAGUGAUGUCGUCACCACAUUUACUGAUGCAAAGCCUAGGUAUAUCAGACAUGAUGCACACGCCGGAUGGGUCUGGGACUUGGCGGCAGACAACAUAGAUUCUGCUACCACAAUAUAUUCUGCAUCAUGGGACAAUACAGUAAAAGUGUGGGAUCUUGAGGCUGGAUUUCAUUGUAAACAAAGAUUUCGAUGUGGUAUGUCAGCAUUGUCUGUUGUUACCAUUGGUAAUGAAGUUAUUGCUGGAUUAUACUCCAAAAAGAUCCUGUCUUUUGACUUACGAGCGGGGUCUUCUCCUACUUAUUCAUACAAGCCACAUAAAGGACCAGUAUUGGCACUUCAAACAUUCGGUAAUAUGGUUGCCUCCUUGAGUGAGGACAAAACUAUGGCUGUCUGGGACAGAGUUGCUGGGAAACUUUUAUUAAGUGAUGUGAAGAUACCAACUGGUAAAGCUUAUCCAGUUUGCAUUAGCUGGAGUCCCUCUGCAUUGUAUGUGGGGGACUCGAAAGGUUGCCUACACUUGUUCAAUCCUGAAGACCAUACAUAUGUGAGAACACAUGAAUUAUGGCCAGAGCCGCCUAUCACAAAACCACCCAGUAAGAUAACAGGGUGCUAUCAAAGUCCAGGCAAUAUGAUAGUCUGCUCAGACAGAGGAGAAAUUAAGUUCAUGUACAAUUGCUACCCUCCACAAGAGUAUACUAAUGUGAAAAGCAGCACAUUUGAUAUAACUCAGUUACGGUAUUUGAACGGCGUGCUAGUAGUCGGUACCUGUGAUUCUGCACUCGAGUUUUGGGUACCGAAAGAGAGAUACCAAGAUGACUAAAAUAUUUUUUAAUGAAAGGUAGUUGGAAUGUAGAGUUGACUUUUGUCCAAUGUGAAGUCUGAUAAUGAAAUGACAAUGUCUAUGUGUAUUUAAAGUUUUAUGUAACAUAAUUAACGUGUCAAACUGUAUUAAUACAAAAAUUAACUGAAAUGUCUAAUUAGCCUAUUUUAAUGUUAAUAGGUGCUGCAACUUCUUGAGCUUGUGCUAUUAUAUAUACUCUAUGUUCAGUUUACAAUCUUUACUGUGAUAUAGCAUCUCAAUUUAUUAUUUAAUAGGAUAAUUGUUAAAUCACAUUUUAUUUAAAUGGAUAUGGCUGCUGCUGUACAACUGUAAAAAUGAGUGUUGGAAAUAUGUUGGAAUGAUCAACAUACUCUUACUGAAUUCCUUUGAAUGCAUUUUAAAACUAUUUUAGUUAAUAUACCAAUCAGGCAUUUUUUUAUCAUAUUGACGACAAAAGAAUGGAAUAGAUAGAUUAUUAUUUAUUGAGGACCAAUGAGAUUAAAUUAAAAGCAAAGUAAGUAAGCAAUUGGUAGACAUAAUAAAAUGUUCUAUACUAGUUGGGAAUAGAACUUUUUCUAACGAACUACAAAAAUAAAAAACCUAAGGCCUUGUUCCCUUGACUAAUUAAGAUGUCAUAAAUGAUUCGGUAACUAAUUUAGUCAAGUAAAAUAGCAUUCAGGAAGUUAAAAUUCUAAUUAGAAUCAUAAGUCGGAAGAUAAGUGUCGUUUGAGACUGAGUAGGGAAAGUAAUUGGGAAGCGAUUUAGGACUUUAGAAUUUAGUCAAGGGAACAAGGCCUAUAGUGAGAAAAGCAUUUUUUUAUUUUAAACAGCCUUUUCGUAACAUAUAGUUGCAGUCUUUUAAAGCAUUUUUUUUAUUAACAUCAUUAAUUUCUUAACGUAAUGUUAAACUGAUUUAAUGUUCUCUACUAUCUGCUGCUAACUGUACAAAAUAUCUAUACGUA